GAUUCCUGCAUUUACAGUCCCUUGUGUCUAUCUUUUCAGGACUUGCUUCUUCAGUUCUGCUGUAGACUGAUCCAAGCUCUUCUCUCCGGCUUUUAUCUAUGUUCGACUUGUUUAAAGUGUUUCUGAUCCCUGCUGUGGAAAUGAACACGAUUCCUGCUCACUGAAAAGGAACAUUCAUUCCCGAGACUGCAGCGCCCCUAGAGGACAAUCGCGCUACCGCAGGCGUUCAGCAGCUCCCCGAAAGUGAAAGGAUCCUGAACCAGGAAGUACCGGGAGUUAACAUGGCUUCGAAAGAACAGCUUGAGAGUUUAACCAAGGAGGUAAUUUGUCCCAUCUGCCUGGAUUUCUUCACCGAUCCGGUGUCACUAGAGUGCGGACACAACUUCUGCCGCUCCUGUAUCACACGGUGUUGGGAAAGGGAGGAGAGAAACUCCUGCCCGGAAUGUAGAGAGGAGUUUGCAGACCGCACCCUCAGGGUCAAUCGGGCCUUAGCAAAUCUGUCUGAGAAAGCUCGAAAACUAAACUUGAAUCCGAAAGAGAAGGAAAGUAAACUUCACUGCGAGGAACAUGAGGAAGAACUGAAGCUGUUUUGUGAGACGGACGAGACACUGAUCUGCCUGAUCUGUGCGACUGCGCGGGAACACAAGUCUCACAACUUCAUGCCGGUUAACGAAGCCGUUGAAAUCUACAAGGGCCGAAUUAAAUCUUCCUUAGACUCUCUCACUAAAAAGAAAUCAGACUUCGAGGAAAUGGAGCAACAACAAAAAGAGAAGAUUUCUGGAGUUCGGGAACAAUCACACAGCCUUCAGUCCCAGAUCACAUCCCAUUUUGCUGAACUGUGCAGGGUUCUCACUGAGAAAGAGCAGCGCGCACUCCGAGAUCUCAGGGAAGAAGAGGAGAGGAUUCUGGAUCCAAUGGAACAAAAUCUUCGAGAGAUUCAAGAGAAUUUAACUUCUAUCCAGGAGGAAAUCUCAAAGUUACAGGAACAGAUGGAUCAACAGGAAAAUAUCACAUUCCUCAUGGAGGAAGCUCGUCGGAAGAGAAGGAUCAGUGAUGAUGCCCAGACAUUGUCAGUGACAGAUGGUGCCCUACUGUCUGAAAAAUUCUAUCACCCCUAUUUGUUCGACAUAACGUUGGGAGAAGCGUUUGAUGGUAUUAAGCAAGUCUCUGUCACCCUGGAUGUGGAAACGGCGAAUCCGGAGCUCGAGGUGUCUGAGGAUCGGAAGAGUGUGAGACGGACCGGGACCCGGAGGAAUCUCCCUGACACCGGGAAGAGGUUCACAGACCGGGGUUGUGUGCUGGGAUCGGAGGGAUUCACAUCGGGGAGACAUUACUGGGAGGUGGUUGUGACGGGAAAUCGGUGGUGGGAUCUGGGAGUCGCCGCAGAGUCUGUGGAGAGGAAGAGAUGGGUCAGACGGAGUCCGGAGACCGAAUUCUGGAUCAUCCGGCGGGAUGAUGACGAGAUGUGGGUUUUCACCUCCCCUGUAUCCCGUCUCCCUGCCGGUCCCAUCCCCGGGAGGGUGGGAGUUUAUCUCAGUUACGAGUCCGGGACAGUUUCAUUUUACAACGCGGAGACCAAAUCCAUUCUCCACACCUUCACUGGGAAUAAAUUCACGGAGAAACUUUAUCCUUUCUUCAGGACUGUAUAUACAAACCAGUGGCUGAGAAUCUGCUCCGUUCCGCUCCGGGUCUGUAAACGGGUCGGGUCCCGGGACCGGCGAACAUUCAUUCCCGAGACUGCAGCGCCCCUAGAAGACAAUCGCGGUACCGCCGGCGUUCAGCAGCUCCCCGAAAGUGAAAGGAUCCUGAACCAGGAAGAGCCGGGAGUUAACAUGGCUUCCAAAGGGCAGGUCGAGAGUUUAACCGAGGAGGUAAUUUGUCCCAUCUGCCUGGAAUUCUUCGCCGAUCCGGUUACACUGGACUGCGGACACAACUUCUGCCGCUCCUGUAUCACACGGUGUUGGGAAAGGGAGGAGAGAAACUCCUGCCCGGAAUGUAGAGAGGACUUUGCAGACCGCACCCUCAGGGUCAAUCGGGCCUUAGCAAAUCUGUCUGAGAAAGCUCGAAAACUAAACCUGAAUCCGAAAGGGAAGGAAAGUAAACUUCGCUGCGAGAAACAUGAGGAAGAACUGAAGCUGUUUUGUGAGACGGACAAGACACUGAUCUGCCUGAUCUGUAGAGAUGCGCGGGAACACAAGUCUCACAACUUCAUGCCGGUUAUCGAAGCCGUUGAAAUCUACAAGGGUCGGGUUAAAUCUUCCUUAGACUCUCUCACAAAAAAUAAAUCUGAUUUUGAGGAAAUGGAGCAACAACAGAAAGAGAAGAUUUCUGGAGUUCGGGAACAGUCACACAGCCUUCAGUCACAGAUCACAUCCCAUUUUACUGAACUGCGCAGGGUUCUCACUGAGAAAGAGCAGCACACACUCCGAGAUCUGAGGGAAGAAGAGGAGAGGAUUCUGAAUGCAAUGGUAAAAAAUCUUCGAGAGAUUCAAGAGAAUUUAAAUUCUAUCCAGGAGGAAAUCUCAAAGUUACAGGAACAGAUGGAUCAACAAGAAAAUAUCACAUUCCUCAUGGAGGAAGCUCGUCGGAAGAGAAGGAUCAGUGAUGAUGCCCAGUCAUUGUCAGUAACAGAUGGUGCCCUACUGGCUGAAAAAUUCUAUCACCCCUAUUUGUUCGACAUAACGUUGGGAGAAGCGUUUGAUGUUAUUAAGCGAGUCUCUGUCACCCUGGAUGUGGAAACGGCGAGUCCGCGGCUCGAGGUGUCUGAGGAUCGGAAGAGUGUGAGACGGACCGAGACCCGGAGGGAUCUCCCUGACACCGGGAAGAGGUUCACAGUCUCGGCUUGUGUGCUGGGAUCGGAGGGAUUCACAUCGGGGAGACAUUACUGGGAGGUGGAGGUGACGGGGAAUCGGCGCUGGGGUCUGGGAGUCGCCGCAGAGUCUGUGGACCGGAAGGGAUCGGUCACACCGAGUCCGGAGACCGGAUUCUGGAUCAUCGGGCGGAUUAAUGACGAGAUGUGGGUUUACACCUCCCCUGAGUCCCGUCUCCCUGCCGGUCCCAUCCCCGGGAGGGUGGGAGUUUAUCUCAGUUACCAGUCCGGGACAGUUUCAUUUUACAACGCGGAGACCAAGUCCCAUCUCCACACCUUCACUGGGAAUAAAUUCACGGAGAAACUUUAUCCUUUCUUCUGGACUGUAUAUACAAACGAGUGGCUGAGAAUCUGCUCCAGUUCCGCUCCGGGUCUGUAA